AAGUGAUCAUUAUUGUUUUUCAAGAAACAAUUGUAAUUUCUGAGGUGCUCCUGGUCUCUUUCUUCAGUCUCUACCUUGCAUCCCUCUUUCCUUUUCUCUCCAACUUUUCAGUCCCCCACUUCUGUUCUGUCAAGAGAUUUCUUCUCCUGACACCUAGUGUUUGCUGUUUGUAUUUAUUUAUUCAGUCAUUGACAAAACAUCAUUUUGUGACAAAUAACAAGAACUGGAAAUGACAUGUGACGUUGCUGAGGACCUGCCCCUCCGGCUUAUUAUUCAGUCCUGAUAGGUUAUGUGCAAGAAUAAACAUUGUCAUAAGUCUAUAAAAUAAGUCAUGUAGUGAUAAGACUGAACUGAAAAGGGUUGAACAAGAUUCAAGUCAUGAGGGUAUUUUUAGGCAACAGGUGGCUCUUUGAAAUGUUGUAUUUCUGCUUCUCCUCUACUGUGUCCUCCUCUCUUUAUUCCUCCUCUUGUCAGUUACAGGAACAGUUUAUUCUUAAUGGGAUGCACAAAACGGGAGAUGUGAUUCUUGGUGGACUUUUUGCAAUCAACUUCUUUUCUACUGAUCCUGACCUGACUUUUAUCUCAGAGCCGCAGCUUCCUACCUGCUAUGGUUUUAAUAUUAUAGGAUUCAGACAGGCUCAGACCAUGGCCUUUGCUGUUGAUGAGAUCAACAAAAACUCCAACCUGCUGCCUAAUGUGACUCUGGGAUACAGUCUGUAUGAUAACUGCAACCGACUAGGAAUUGGAUUUCGUGCAGCACUGGCCUUAGUCAGUGGUCAAGAAGAGCAAGUUACAUCAGAGGAGAACUGUGUAGGAACUCCUCCAGUCCUAGGGAUUGUGGGUGAUUCUUCCUCUAGACGUUCAAUUGCCAUAUCCACAGUCUUGGGGUUGUACAGAGUCCCUAUGGUGAGUUAUUUUGCCACAUGUUCCUGCCUGAGUGACAGACACAAGUUUCCAUCUUUCUUUAGGACGAUCCCGAGUGAUGCUUUUCAGGUGAAUGCUAUGAUUCAGAUUCUAAAACACUUUGGUUGGACAUGGGCAGGUCUGCUCAUCAGUGAUGAUGAUUAUGGAGUCCACGCUGCCCGAUCCUUUCACUCUGAUCUGGGUCCAGCUGGUGGAGGUUGUCUGGCUUACACAGAGAUUUUGCCCUGGGGUGACGACCCUGCUGAACUCAGGAGAAUAGUGGAUGUGAUGAGGAAAUCUACAGCUCGAGUGGUGAUUGUGUUUGCAUAUGAGAGUCACAUGAUUAACCUCAUGAAAGAGGUAGUGAGACAGAAUGUGACAGGCCUGCAGUGGAUUGCUAGUGAAGCCUGGUCAUCAGUUGAUGUGCUCCAGACACCUCACCUCAUGCCGUAUUUGGGUGGAACACUGGGAAUCGCCAUCCGUCGCGGAGAAAUACCAGGACUCAGAGACUUCCUGUUACAAACACGUCCUGACCUACAUCACAACAACAAAGAAGGAAACAGCAUGGUGAAUCAGUUUUGGGAACACACAUUUCAGUGUAGAUUUGCACCACCUCCAGCAGGUUGGGUGGAAUCUGGAAGAGAAUUUUGCACUGGACAGGAAGUUAUAGAGAAUGUGGAGACUGAGUUCUUGGAUGUUUCAAACCUCAGGCCAGAGUAUAAUGUGUAUAAGGCUGUGUACGCUCUGGCAUAUGCUCUUGAUGACAUGCUGCAGUGUGAGCCAGGGAGAGGACCUUUCAUCAACAACACCUGUGCUCAAUUACAAAGACUGGAGCCAUGGCAGCUUGUGCAUUACUUGGAAAAGGUCAACUUCACCACAACAUUUGGUGAUCUAGUGUCAUUUGAUGAGAAUGGUGAUACAUUACCAAUAUAUGACAUCAUGAACUGGGUGUGGCUCCCUGAUGGAAGAACUAAAGUUCAGCGAGUGGGUGAGGUUAAGAGGUCAGAACUCACACUGGAUGAAGACAAAAUCUUCUGGAACUUUGAAUCCAAACAGCCUCCUCGGUCAGUGUGCAGUGAGAGCUGUCCUCCAGGUACCCGCAUGGCCAGAAAGAAGGGGGAACCUGAGUGUUGUUUUGACUGUGUCCCUUGUUCUGAGGGAAAGAUCAGCAAUACGACUGACUCCAUGGAGUGUACCAGUUGUCCAGAAGAUUUCUGGUCCAGCCCCCAGCGUGACCACUGUGUUCCUAAGAAAACAGAGUUCCUCUCCUACCAUGAGCCUCUGGGUAUCUGCUUGACAACCACCUCACUGUUGGGCACAUUUAUCUGUGUUGUUGUUCUGGGCCUCUUCAUCCAUCAUCACAGCACACCUAUAGUUCGUGCCAACAAUUCAGAACUCAGUUUUCUUCUCUUGGUGUCACUCAAACUGUGCUUCCUGUGUUCAUUGCUCUUCAUUGGACGACCCAGAUUAUGGACUUGCCAACUAAGACAUGCAGCAUUUGGCAUCAGCUUUGUGCUUUGUGUCUCAUGUAUCCUGGUGAAAACCAUGGUGGUUCUGGCUGUGUUCAGGGCCUCCAAACCAGGAGGUGAGUCCAGUCUGAAGUGGUUUGGUGCUUUGCAGCAGAGAGGGACAGUUCUGGUUCUGACUUCUGUUCAAGCAGCAAUCUGCACUGCCUGGCUUGUCUCUGCUUCACCAGUGCCUCAUAAAAACACCCAGUAUCACAAUGACAAGAUAGUUUAUGAGUGUAUAGUCGGGUCCGUCAUUGGUUUUGCAGUUUUACUUGGUUAUAUUGGUUUACUGGCCGUCCUCAGUUUCUUGUUAGCUUUUUUAGCAAGGAAUCUUCCAGACAGUUUCAAUGAGGCCAAACUCAUCACUUUCAGCAUGUUGAUCUUCUGUGCAGUGUGGGUGGCCUUUGUCCCUGCUUACAUCAGCUCACCAGGCAAAUAUGCAGAUGCAGUGGAGGUAUUUGCCAUCCUGGCCUCCAGUUUUGGCCUGUUGGUGGCGCUGUUUGGACCCAAAUGUUAUAUAAUCCUGUUGAGACCAGAGAGAAACACAAAGAAAGCCAUUAUGGGUCGAGGCACCACAAAGUAGCACUAUCAAGACAGCUGUCUUUCUGUCUAUCCUCUGUAUUUUUGAAUUGAGUCAUAAUUCCUGGGUCACAAUACAGGCAAUAAAGAUGUGUUGAUAGAAAAACAACGACAUGUUAAUCUAUGUAUUUAUCCUCUAACCACUUUUUUUGACACACAAGCUAUAUAUAACAUAAACACCAGUGUGUGUGUAUGGGUGAGUGCGUGUGUGCGCGUGUGAGUGUGACAGGUAAGAAAGUUGAGUGACACGGUUGGUCGAGCUAAGCCACUCCCACUUCUGACUCUAAUGUGGUGGAGGCAUGCGCAGUAGCAGUGACUGUAGGCGCAUGCUUCCACCUAAGAUUAAUCUGAGGUCGCAGAUCUUGGGCCGAACACGCAUGAAGAGAGGGGUUC